AUGCCUCCACUAUUAUUUGUUCCCUCUUUGGAGAUGAUUAAACUCGUAGUUUUACCAACAGUUUUGGCACUUUUUGUCCUCAUUUUGCAUUUCAUCACAAGAAUUGUCAAACUCAAUAAACUGAAUCUUCCUAAGGGAACCUUAGGAUUACCUAUUAUUGGAGAAACCUUAAAGCUUUUCAAAGCUAAUCUUGAGGAGAAGCAAAUAAGGUUCAUACAAGAGAGAAUGAAGAAAUAUGACUCAAGGGUUUUCAAGACAUCACUGUUUGGAGAGAAUAUUGCUGUGUUUUGUGGAACAGCUGGGAACAAAUUCUUGUUUAGCAAUGAAAACAAGAAUGUUCAAUUGUGGUGGCCAAGUUCAGUUACGAAGCUCUUAAGGUUGUCUCUUGUUAAUGAAGCUGGUGAUGAAGCAAAGAUAACUAAAAGGUUGCUUAUGAGUUUUCUUAAUCCAGAAACACUAAGAAAUUACCUGCCAAAAAUGGAUAGAAUUGCUCAGCAUCAUAUCAACAAACAUUGGAAAGGGAAGGAACAGGUUGUUGUCUAUCCAAUAGUACAGCUAUACACAUUUGAAUUGGCUUGUUGCUUAUUUUUAAGCAUGGAAGAUCCUAUCCAAAUAUCAUACCUUUUAUCAUAUUUUGAAGAAUUUCUCAAAGGUGUCAUUAGCUUCUCCAUCAAUUUUCCUGGAACAAGGUUUCAUACGGCAAUGAAAGCUGCAGAUGUAAUAAAGAAAGAAAUUAAAUUGAUUAUGAAGAAAAGGAAAAAGGACUUAGAAGAAAAGAAAGCAUCACCUACACAAGACCUUUUAUCACAUUUACUUGUUACAUCUGACACAAGUGGAAGGUUUAUGAGUGAAGCGGAGAUUCUUGAUAACAUGUUACUACUUCUUUUCGCUGGCCAUGACACUUCUAGUUCAUUAAUAUCAUUAAUCAUGAAGUAUCUUGGAAAUUUGCCUGAGGUUUACGAACAAGUGUUGAAAGAACAACUUGAAAUUAGCCAAGGGAAAGAGGAAGGAGAGUUAUUACAAUGGGAGGAUGUUCAAAAAAUGAAAUACUCUUGGAAUGUUGCAUCUGAAGUUUUGAGGCUGUCGCCACCAGUCAACGGUGCUUACAGAAAUGCUAUAAAGAAUUUGACCUAUGGUGAUUAUAACAUCCCUAUUGAUUGGAAGCUGCAUUGGAACACUCGUACAACACACAUGGAUCCAACACUGUUUACAAAUCCUGAAAAAUUUGAUGCAUCAAGAUUUGAAGGAGAAGGGCCAAUACCUUAUUCAUAUGUUCCAUUUGGAGGAGGACCGAGAAUGUGUCUGGGGCAAGAGUUUGCUCGGCUAGGGAUACUCGUGUUUAUGCAUAACAUUGUGAAACGAUUCAAGUGGGAUUUAGUUAAUCCUGAUGAGAACUUCAAGUAUGAUCCUAUGCUAGAACCUGAAAAGGGGCUUCCAAUUCAACUUCAUCCUUUCCAUUACACAUCAUAA